UGUUGAGCAACACGUGAAUUGAGCGUACUAAAGAAACAUCCGACACUGAGUCACAAGCUCACCGCAAGAUCUUCAUGAUUGCCGUCCUUUUGUCCCUUGAAAACUGACAGCGGAACACAGGAGAACGGGACAGAAGUGUGUUUGAAAGUGGCAGUAUGUCAUGGCAUCUCUGGGCACCACCUUUGUGCAAAUCAAAUUCGAUGACAUCCUCUUCUACGAGAACUGCGGCGGCGGGAGUUUCGGGAGCGUGUAUCGCGCCUUUUGGCUCUCCCAGGACAAAGAGGUGGCGGUGAAAAAGCUUCUGAAGAUUGAGAAAGAGGCAGAGAUUUUGAGUGUUCUCAGUCAUCGAAAUGUCAUCCAGUUUUAUGGAGUGAUUCUGGAAGCACCCAACUAUGGAAUUGUUACAGAGUACGCCAGUUGUGGAUCUCUGUUUGACUAUCUGUCCAGUGCCGAGAGUGAGGACAUCAGCAUGAAACAGAUCAUGACCUGGGCCGUGGACAUUGCUAAAGGCAUGCAUUAUCUGCACGCUGACGCCCCUGUCAAAGUUAUCCACAGAGACCUCAAAUCCCGCAAUGUUGUCUUGACAGCAGAGAAUGUUCUCAAGAUCUGUGAUUUUGGGGCAUCUAAGUUUCAUUCUCACACCACCCACAUGUCUCUGGUUGGCACAUUUCCCUGGAUGGCCCCUGAAGUCAUCCAGAGCCUUCCUGUGUCUGAGACCUGUGACACAUACUCGUAUGGAGUGGUCCUGUGGGAAAUGCUGACGCGUGAAAUCCCCUUCAAAGGUCUGGAGGGGCUGCAGGUGGCCUGGCUGGUGGUGGAGAAGAACGAGAGGUUGACUAUUCCAAGUUGCUGUCCAGCCAGUUUUGCCUGUCUGAUGAGAAGCUGCUGGGUCACAGAACCGAAAGACAGACCGAUCUUCAAACAGAUCUUGUCCACACUGGAGUCGAUGUGGAACGACACUCAGUUACCUGAUGAGUGCAACACUUUCCUGCACAAUAAAGCAGAGUGGAGAUGUGAGAUCGAGGCGACCCUAGAGCGUCUGAAGCGGCUGGAGAGAGAUCUGAGCACUAAAGAACAAGAGCUGAAAGAGAGAGAGAGACGACUGAAGAUGUGGGAGAGGAAACUCAUCGAGCAGUCUAACACACCCCUUCUCCCAAACCUGGCGAUACACUCCUGGACAGAAGAGCAUGUGCAUUUCUGGAUGCAGCAGAUCUUUGGGGGUGAUGGUGAACUGCAGCAGUAUGCUGAUGUGUUUAAGCAGAAUAACAUCACUGGACAGAGACUGCUGCUGCUAUCAGAGAGUGACAUGAGAGAUCUGGGUGUGACAUCUAAAGGACACAUAAUACACCUGAAGACCGAAAUUGAGAAACUUACCCAUGACUACCUGAGUCUGUUCCACUUUCCCCCAUUGAUCAAGGAUGGUUUGGCCUCUGAGGAAGAGGAGGACUCAAGAAAAACAGUAAACCUGGAGUUGGUGUUUGGAUAUCACUGGAAAGCAGGCACAGGCCCUAUGGACUGUAAAUGGAAAAUGUACAUGGAGCGUGAUGGAGAUGAGGUGGCAAUAGCAUAUAUCAAAGACGUGACCUUUAAUGCCAACAGAUCAGAUGUAGAUGUAUUAAAGAUGACCAAGCCUCCGUUUGUGAUGGAUAAAUGGAUAGUCGGAAUAUCAGGCACACAAACCGUUGACUGCAUAGUGAACUAUGAGAGUAAUGUGAGAUCACCUAAGUGCACGAGGCAUGUGCACACACUGCAGUGGAGUCCAGACAGUGGGAGGGAUGUGAUCAAACCUGUAGAGUUGGCCAUUGAGACGGCACUGACUAUCAGAGAAGCUUACAACAGAAGCAGGUCCAACUCAGGUGUUGAUCCCAGAUGGAUUUACAGUCUGAGAAUGAAGCAGAUGAUAGAGCAGGCCACCCAGGAGCCCGCAAGUCGGCCUGAAAACAUGACCCUCCCCCAGUUUCUGUCUGUCCUUGGGAGCCAAUCAUCUUACGCCGCUGCUGUGAGGAGAUCACCCAAUCGCAGCCCUCUCUCUCCAUGGACAGACUCACGGAGCUCCUCCCCCACGCUCUCAGUCAAACUCUCCACAAUACAUCUGGGGUCAAAGGGCAGCAGCCCAUCCAGCACAACAUCAGAGAGCACCUCAGAGCGCGAGCGCCCACCUAGUGCAGGAGCUAAACAUAACUACAACAGUAAAAGCUACUAUGACCACACAUUUAUAAUCACUGGAGGAAGAAGAGGAGAAGCCAGGAGAUUUAAUCAGAUGACGCAGAAAGGGUCCAGAGGCUUUCAACAAACCGGACGACCACGUAACAGCCAGUCAUAUGUAACGCCAUCUUACCACCAGCGGCCAAUACCAGGAAUGUCAAUGGUGACUGAAGGGCCAAAGCAGAAAGGGGCAUCUGAAGAGGGUGGAGCCAGUGAUGGGGAGUGGAUUAAAGUAGAAAAAAAGAAAUCUAAUAAACAGGAUCAUAAACACCAUGAAGUGAGGCCGGCCAGAGGUCGUCCAAGGAGAGGAGGGAGAGGUGGUGGGCGUGGCCGAAGUUGAACAUUUACAAAGUGUGUUCAUUUGUAGGGGGUUGAAAGUGAUGCAAGGCUGUGGUAGGAAUAGCUUGGAGAGUUACCAAGAGGACCUUGUCAAUAUUAUGUUCUUUAGGCAUAAAAACCCUAGUUUUUCCAAAGUGAUUGUAAAGGGCUUUUCACACUGCGCUUAACCCAGGGUUAUCUGCAUUCUAAACCACGCUUUUAACCCCAGGUAAAGCAAAGUUUCGCAAUUUUGAAAGGGGGUUAGCACCGCUUUUUACCCAGGGUUAUGAAAUCCUGCUCUGGAGCAUGGUUAUCCCCUUAUUUGCGGAGUUAACCUCCCGUUGCGGUGCCAAAGGUAUACAGUGUUAAAUAGACAACCAAUCAAAUAAAGCCAAAAUACUUACCUUCUUAAAUAUUCAUGUACUUUGUACCAUUGCUGAAACGUUCACGUGCUCUUUACACAUUCUCUGUCACAGUGGUGGCAAGUGCGAUAACUGACAUGAUGACAUGAGACAGUAUUCUGUGUUUUUGUGGCAUAUUUCAGAAGACGAAAUACAAACAGAACUGAUUUGCCUUGCAACUUUCCAAUAGAAGAGAGCACCUGUCGCAAGGUGUACUCGUCCAAUCAUUGUUAUCGACACCACAAAUAUGCAAAUAAGAACAUUAAACUGGGGUUUACGAAUGAACAGUGUGAAACAUUGGAACAUGAAUAUCCAGGAUUAAUUAUUAAACCAGGGUAAAGUAUGAACAGUGUGAAACAUGAAACAGGAUAACCCAGGAUUCAAUUUACCUGGUGUUUAGAAUAACUCAGGGGUAACGAUUUCAGGUGUGAAAAGCCCUAAAAUAUACUGUAAAGACACUUUAAUGAAAGCAUCUUCUAAUAUGACAAGAAUGUCCGUAAGAACAGUUAAAAGUUUAACAUGAAAUUGGAUACACUAAUCUAAAAUGUAAUACAUUUUUUAGAAAAAAGGCUUCAAUAUUCUCAUAUUGAAAUAUCUACAAGUGUAUACUACUCUCAGGGCUUAAAUUUAAUUUGCUUUUUGAUAAUUUAUUAAUCAUUUUAUGAGAUUGGUUUUCAAAAUAUGCUGAAUGUUUUAUGAUAAUUAUAAUCAUCAUGGGCCGUUUCUAGCUGUGUCAUUAAUGUCUGCCUGCAAACAAAUGUGGUUAUAUCAGAGGGGAUUGUUUCAUUUAUAUGCUAUUCUUUCAGAUGUAUUUAUUAUUAUAUUGGAUACAUUUUGUCGAUUCAUAAAAUGUUAAUAAAAGUUAACUUUG